CUAUUCAACGCUUCUCUGGACGAAAAGCCAAUUUAUUGUGCACUGCCUUAUGUGUGGAGAAGUUCGUAACGAGUGUGCCCCGUCCGGAUUAAUAAGGAUGUGGUGGAUAUUAUAAGAAAUCUUUGGGUGGCAUUAUAGCAUCUUUCCUGAAGAAUACUCUCGGAUACUCCGGGUAGAUGCUAUUUGCAUUAACCAGAGCAAUAUUUCCGAACGGAAUGAAUAAGUUCGCCAAAUGCGUGAAAUCUACGAACAAGCAGCGGAAGUCAUCAUAUGGCUUGGCGAGGAAAAUGAUGACAGUAAUCUGGCCAUAAAUCUCAUCAGCAGGUAUGGACGUCGACCUCGCCAAGCCGGUCAAGAGCAAAAUCCUGGAGGGCAUGCGCGUUCACUGGAACCAGUGCCGGCGUCAACAGGCGGCGGCGGCGGCACACUCGCCGCACGCCUCUUCGGAGACGUCUGAGUGCUGAGUCGGCGGAGCAAUGCAGCAACGCCGACCUGCCGAGCCUAGCCCACGACGAGGAAGACCGCACAAGCGAAGACGGCAGCGGCGACGAGUCUGUGCAUGUGCGGCCGUCCUCCUAUCCUUGUCCGGGCGGGAUCCUA